AUGGUCAAGGCAGUUGUCAUUAUAACUGUGAGUGAUACUUGUUCAAAAGAUCAUUCUAAAGAUGAGUCCGGUCCAGCUCUGUGCCAGUUGGUAAAGGAAAAGUUUCCAGAUGCGUACAUUCACACAAUCAUUGUACCAGAUGAAAAGGAAAUAAUUGAAAGAGAAUUGAAAUACUUCUGCGAUUCAAAGAUAGAUUUAAUCCUCACUACUGGUGGAACAGGACUUAGUAGCAGAGAUGUAACCCCAGAAGCUACAAAGGCUGUGAUCCAAAGGGAAGUGCCAGCUAUACCGAUAGCUAUGACACUGGAGAGCCUUAAAAAGACUCCUAUGGCUAUGCUGUCACGAGCUACAGCCGGUAUAAGGGAUAAGACAUUGAUAAUAAACUUUCCCGGUAGCAAGAAGGCAGUUGUAGAAUGUAUUGAGGUUGUUAAGCCUGUGUUGUCGCAUGCAGUGUCAUUAUUAGCUAAUGAUUUAGCCGAGGUUAGAGUAGUCCAUGAUCAGAUGCAACAUACAUGCACACACAGUAAAGUAAGUGUUGGAAAAGUUGCAUUAAGGCAUAGAGAAUCCCCCUACCCCAUGCUAGAUAUGGCUGAAGCCUUUAAUAUUGUUGAUGCUGUGAUGAUGCAAUGGACAGAGGGAAUUGAAGAGGUACCAAUUGAAGAUAGCAUGGGAAGAGUGGCAGCUCUGCCUAUACAUGCUAAGGAACCGAUGCCUCCAUUCCCUGCGUCUGUUAAGGAUGGAUAUGCUUGUUUAAGUUGGGAUGGUGUGGGUUUGCGUAAAGUCAGAUCAGCCGUGACCGCUGGUGACACUCCAGCCGCAAUACUUUCGUCUGGGGAAUGCGCACGAGUCAAUACCGGUGCUCCUAUACCGUCAGGGGCAGACUGUGUUGUACAGGUGGAAGACACGAAACUUGUGAAAGCCACAGAAGAUAACGAAACAGAAUUGGAAAUAGAGGUCUUAGUACCACCACAACCUCAUCAAGAUGUCCGCCCAAUUGGGUUCGAUAUACCUUUGGGAGCUGUGCUUUUGGAAAAAGGAGAUAUUAUCGAUGCAGCGAAAGUAGGUAUUUUGGCGGGGGCCGGUUACCUUACAGUGCCUGUCAGAUCUUGUCCUAAGGUAGCUAUAUUGUCCACUGGCAAUGAAUUGCAAGAACCGUCAGAAGAAAUACUGCGGCCGUCUCAUAUUAGAGAUUCCAAUAGGAUUAUGUUAAAAAUGCUUCUUAGGGAGCAGGGAUACGAGAGCACGGAUUACGGUAUCGCGCGCGAUGAACCAGCAGAGUUAGCAAGUGCGAUAGCUCGGGCGUUGCCCACUUGUGAUAUAUUGGUUUGCACCGGAGGAGUGUCAAUGGGUGAACGGGAUCUGCUUAAACCAGUGCUUGCAAAUGACUUCGGUGCAACGAUACACUUCGGACGCGUGCGUAUGAAGCCUGGCAAACCAAGUACCUUUGCAACGUGUGUUUACGAAGGAAAAACCAAAUUCAUAUUUGCGCUACCAGGUAACCCAGUAUCAGCAUACGUUUGCAGUCUUCUGUUUGUUGUGCGUGCGCUGCGUCAAUGUACACGGUACACGAGUGAAUUCGCACGCAUGCGUGUACGGCUCGGACGCGAAGUAAAACUAGAUCCGCGGCCAGAAUAUGCGCGUGCUGUUCUACAAUUCCCAGAGACCGGAGAAUUACCUAUUGCCACGUUGCUAGGCAACCAGUGUAGUAGUCGUCUGUUGAGCGCGUGUGGGGCAAGCGUUCUUCUGGAGCUCCCAGGUUCAAAUAAAGACCGUGUAAGUCUUCCCGCGGAUACAGUUGUAUCUGCAUUAGUAACUGGAAAGAUUGAUCUCACUAGACCAUAG